UAAUCAGUUUUAGAUGCCAAAUUAUGAGGUGCACCCUUUUGGUUUUCCAUCAUGAGUAUCCGAAAUCGAAAAUUUGUUCCGGAAUUAGACAACGAAGGAAUCUUCGAAAAGCCCUUAGACGUCCCGAAAGAUGACGAAAUUUUUCGAGAUAAUAAAUAUUUACUUAAACCCUACGAACGGAUGCACGCGCACCAUACGUUGGCUAGUGCACGCAGAUACGCAUACUUUAGGCCCUUUAGCAAUUUGAUACCCAAAGAUGAUCUCGACUUCAUCUUGGAUUCGCCGUACGACCACUCCAUGGAAAUUUUUCCCGACACAAUAGAUGUCUAUCUCCAAGCGGAAACAAUGGGUAAAUCUACUUGGAGAAGACUAAGAAACACGUCGGAUUUGAAAUCGUCGUUAGAAGCUCGUGCAAGGAUCGAAUCUGUAGUGGCAAAAGUGCAAAGAUUAAGAUUGGCGAAGGAAUUGGAUGAAGACAUACUACCUUUCAAAUUAAAUCCUGCUCAUCCUGUUAUUAUUAGUGGUAUUAUGGAACGUAGACAUCCCAGCAAUGUUAAAUUGAUGAAUUCGUCGCACCAUUCGCCUCAAACCAACGGCGGUUACUCCAGACAAGAUUCCGACGGAAACUUUUAUCAGUAUUAGCGGUUUCUGUUGGCUGUUAGUAUUUGUCACGGGAAUAAAUUAAGGUA